AUGUGCGUUGCCGAACUCAACGUUUCCCUCAUGCCUUGUCGGCACCGGUGGUACCACCUGUCGCGCGCCUGCAGCCCGUCCACCGACCUCUCCAACUGCGACAAGAAGCUCGGUCUAGCAGGAUGGGAGAUCAAAUGCGACUUCUGUCCUUACUGCUCAGGAUGGAACUUGACCAAAUCCGAGUACCGCCUUGUCGGCAAUGACCGAGCACCUGCCAUAGGAGGUCUUUCCCGCACACCAUCGCUUAGCCUGAAUACUGCGCGUCGCGAGUCCCGUCGCGGCAGCCUGUCUAGGACCGACAGCAGCAACAGCAUCGCAAUUCUGGCACAAGAGAAAAAUCGCGCCCUCAACGCUCGUGUGGACGCCUACCUGAAGGUCGCUCCCGAGCCGCCUCUGCCAUCACCAUACCCGGCUCCGCUGGCCGACGUGAAUGAAGACGACGGGGUAGCCUUGUCCAGCAGCCCCAGUGACACUUCCAGCGAAGGGCCAGAGAGCGUGCGCCACUCAUCCACCUCCACCCAGGGCGACUCUGUGAGCAUUAUCAAGAGGAUGCGUCACAAGUCGAAGAGGCUAUCGAUGAGCCUCUUCAAGUGA